AUGAAGACAUGCACAGUCUUUGUUCUGGUGGCUUUCAUCACCGUGGGGCUGGAGAUGGCCUGCGCUCAGACACCUCUUCGCCAAGAGCAACAAAGACCUGGAGUCUGCCCCCAGGUGCCCAAAGGAACCUUUGGGAUUUGUGUUGAAAAAUGCUCAGGAGAUGCAUCAUGUCCCAAGGGAAUGAAAUGCUGCAGCAAUGGAUGUGGGCAUAUCUGCAAAGCUGCUCUCCCUCAAAAGGGCGGCUCUGGUGGCCAAGUGAAAGCAGGACAAGUCCUUCAUUAA